AUGUUUGAAGAGUAUAUCCAAGGCAAGACCUUGCGUCGACUCUCUCGAUUCAGUUGCUCUGUGGGCUUCAUGAUUGAGGGUUAUCAAGCCGGCGUUCUUGGUGGAGUACAAUCGACAACUCCUUUUCUGAAUGCUAUCGGGAAUCCGACUGGAACAGAAACAAUUCCUAUGAUUGCAUCUUCCUAUACCCUAGCAGCGGCAUUCAUGGCAUGUGUAGUCAUGCUUAUUGGGAUGCCUCUUGGUCGACGAAAUUGCAUCAUUAUUGGCAAUGCUCUUAUUGUCAUUGGAGGGGCGGUUCAGGCUGCAUCAUUCUCCGUCCCACAGAUCAUCGUGGCGAGAGUUCUUGCUGGAUUUGGCAUUGCAUUCAUUACGUGCAACGUUCCGAUGUAUAUGUCAGAAAUGAGUAUCGAUGCCGGAGGACGUGGUCCUGAGGUUGCCAUUAAUUGUUCAUCCUUAAUCUUCGGCGUUGCGCUCUCUUACUGGGUGACAUUCGGCUUCACGAGAAUGACAAAUCAAGUUUCCUGGCGAUUUCCUGUCGCUAUUCAAAGCAUUCUAGCAACUCUAUCUGGAGCGACCAUGGUAUUUUUACCUGACACACCAAGAUGGUACUACGCACGAGACCGGAUUGACGAAGGCGACAAAACACUCUCUCGAAUCUACGGUGUCUAUCGUACAGGCAUCAACAAUAGUAAUGAUCUUGAAGAAAUCCGAGUUCUCAAAGCAAGUAUCAUGGAAAAUUUCGAAGUGGAAGAAGAAUCAAGCAACCGCCUGACACUCCUGAGUUUAAUCUGGGAUAAUACACCACUUCGUGUCGGUCGGCGAGUGCGAAUUUCAUUCAUCAUUCUCGCUAUCCAACAAUCAAUGGGUAUCAACAUAUUGAUCUACUAUAUGACCCAAAUUUUCGAAGAUGUCGGGUUAUCAAAUUUUAUGGCCUCUUUGUUGGCGGCAAUCUCGUUGACAGUUCAAUGGUUUGGUUCCACACUUUGCAUUGUGACCAUUGAGCGCAUUGGACGCCGACGAAUUAUGUUGAUUUCAUCUGGCAUAGGGACGUGUUGCAUGCUAAUCUUUGUCGUGCUCAACAUGAUUAAGAAGAAAACUACAGCAACCCAAUGGACUGCAGUGGCAGUCAUGUUUCCCUACUUGUUUGUAUAUGGCUGGGGCUGGGUGGGAUGCCCGUGGCUGUAUGGACCGGAGAUUGCCCCGCUUCGGUACCGUCACAUUGGAUCCGCAGCUGGAAUCCUAGGAGUAUUCCUAUUCACAUUCAUAACUGUUUUUGCGGGUGGUAUUGGGCUUGAGACAGUUGGCGCGAGAAUUUGGAUUUGGCCUCUCGUCUUCAAUGUUGUGGCCUUUGUAUUCGUUUAUUUCAUGUGCCCAGACCCGACCAAUAAGACUCUCGAAGAAGUGGACGCACUUUUCACCCAAGAUGAAGCGGUGCUUAAUCGCCUGAAUCACGCAGACCGCGGUGAAGAUGAGAAACCUGGCAUGCAGCAAGUCGAGAACGCGGCCUAG